CCAGGUGCUGCUGAUGGACGUAAGAUGUACCUUUUUUUGCAGUGAACAGAGACCACCACACGCUUUUGGGUUUUCUCGUCUUGCCGGUUUGCUUUAACUCACUGCCAAUAUGGAGAAGAUGCUUCCUGCCCAAGAGGCAGCUAAAAUCUACCACACCAACUAUGUGAGAAAUGCCAGAGCUAUUGGUGUGCUCUGGGCUAUUUUCUCAAUUUGCUUCGCUAUCAUCACCGUGGUGGUGUUCAUCCAGCCCUACUGGAUUGGUGACAGCGUGAACACCCCGCAGGCGGGAUACUUCGGUCUCUUCUACUACUGCAUCGGCAACCCCAUCACCUCAGAGCUGGUGUGUAAGGGGAGCGUUCUGGACUUUAACUCAAUUCCUUCAGGGGCCUUCAAGACUGCCAUGUUCUUCGUUGGCACCUCUAUGCUGCUUAAUGUGGGCACCAUAAUCUGCUUCAGUCUCUUCUUCUUCUGCAACGCGGGCAGCGUUUACAAGAUAUGCGCCUGGAUGCAAACCGCAUCAGCUGCGCUGUUGGUGAUGGGCUGUAUGAUUUACCCGGACGGCUGGGACUCAGCUGAGGUAAAGCGAAUGUGCGGAGAGAGGACCGGUAAAUACACCUUGGGUAACUGCACUGUCCGCUGGGCUUACAUCCUCGCCAUCAUCUGCAUCCUGGACGCACUCAUGCUGUCUCUGCUCGCCUUCACUCUUGGCAACCGGCAGGACAAACUGCUACCUGACGAAUUUCAGAUGGAUGGAGAAGGAAAAGCCUAAAUCCAAAGUUUGGAAAAAGGUGACAGUAUUAAGUAUGCCGAGGAACACGGACCAGUGACCUGGACGGACGGACGGAUGGAUGGAUUACAUUCUGACUUCAAUCCAGCUGCUGUUAAUUCAG